UCUAUAUAUUGUUAAAUAAUCAAAGGUAUCAUAUGUAUUUGUAAGAUUGUAUAUUCACGACCCUAUUAAUGAAUAACAAUUUGAUUUAACCAGUUCAGCAAAGAUGUUCCUUUUCCUUUUCUGUAAAAUAUUUUCAGUACGCAGCCACCAAAAAGUAGGCAAUAAUUGUUAAAUGACUGGAAAAUUGUCAACAUCGAUCGAUUUGUUUAAUAUUAUCUCCUAUAAUUCUGGUUCUUUGUAGGUGUUUAUUACUUGAAGUCAUAUGGGUGUAGAUCGAAUCAAAGAAAUUCAUUAAUGAAUGAGAGCUAGUAAAAUUUUCAUCAAUUCCGUGCUCUCCCAAUGUUCAAAUACGUCCCUCAUUUGACCUUAUCACCUGAUAGGGUAUCUGAUAAGCGAAAUUCGGCUUAUCGAUUGAUUCGAUUUGAAUAUAAUUGAAAACUAAGCUAAUCCAUUAAUUCAAUUUAAAUCCCACCGUGGAAGAGAGUGGUUGCAGGCUAAGCUGAAUCUGUGAUGACUGCCGAAAACAGUAAAGGUAUUAAGAUAAGGCACAGUCCUUCGACUGGGAUAGGAUUUUGUGCUUAAAAAGAGUUUCCCACGAACUUGACACACUUUGGCUGUGCCCUUUUCAAGUCAGACCUUGCCCACAGCCUGAUAAGACCAUGCUGGCCAUUCGCACGCCCAUCAAGUGGUUGUAAAUCACUCAAAUUAUGGCAGCGAUAACGGUGUCUCAAGAGCCAUUCAGAUUUAUUUGGCCAAGUUAUUUGCUGGCAGGAAGUGCUACCCGCGAUAAUAAUUACCGUUUUCCCAUUUGUUGUGCCUGUUUUUAGGACCCGCAGUGGGCAUGCGCCAUGUCCAGGCCCUCCUGAUCUUCCUCAACAUAACGAUCAUGUUCAUCGGACGCUUGAAUGUGGGCGUGUCAGUGGUGGCCUUGACCAAUGCAGAGUCAACAAAUCCGGAUUUUCCCGAAUAUAGCUGGACGGAGGCGGAAAAGUCUUACAUCCUUUCCAGUUUCUUCUGGGGCUACAUCUUCACCCAGUUCCUGGGCGGCUAUCUCUGCAAGCGAUAUGGCGUGAAGAGCGUCAUGUUCUGGGGAGUUUUCGGAUCCGGUGUCUGCAGCUCUUUGACGCCUCUCUUCAUUGGCUUCGGAGAGUGGCAGGCCUACUGUGGCAUUCGGGUAUUAAUGGGACUGGCCCAAGGAGUGGUGUUCCCCUGCAUUCACCAGCACCUGGCCAGAUGGUCACCUCCCAAGGAAAGGAAUCGCUUGGGUGCUCUCGCCCACACGGGCAUCGAGUGUGGCAACGUGAGUGCCAUGUUCCUCAGCGGAAUGAUUGCCAAGAGCUCCAUUGGUUGGCCAGGAGUCCAGUAUGUAUCCGCGGGGCUAGCGUUCUUCUGGUGCACCGUGUGGUUCGUAUUUGCGGCCAACAAUCCUACAGAAUCUCGAUUCAUUGGGGAAAGAGAACUUGGAUAUAUAGAGUCGUCGUUAAAGCACAAUGAAAAGUACCACAAGACCAUUAUACCCAUACCCUGGAAGGCCAUUUGGACGUCUGCUCCAUUCCUGGCCCUGCUGACAGCUCGAUGCUGUGAGAACUGGGGGCUGAGCACGCUGCAGGCAGAGAUCCCAUCCUAUAUGAAUGGUGUCCUGGACAUGGACAUGAAGAACAAUGCCUUCUUCUCCGCUCUGCCCUUCCUGGCCAUGUGGAUUAUGUCGUAUGCUUACUUGAUCACGGCAGAGGUUCUGCUAAACAAAAAAGUGGUUAGUCUAACAGUGCUUAGGAAGACCUACAACUCGAUAGCCUUCUGGAUUCCCUGUGCCACUUUGAUUGGCAUUGGAUUUCUGGACAAGGAACAGAAGAACUAUGCAAUAGCCCUGAUGACCAUCAGCGUGGGUGUGAAUAGUGCUCAGACCAUUGGCAGUGUUCUAAACACGAUAGAUCUGUCGGCCAAUCAUGCCAGCAUCCUGAUGGGCAUCGUGAAUACAGCUGCCAACUUCGUGCCCAUAGCCACGCCCUUAGUUGUGGGUUGGAUUGUGAAGGAUAAUGUGAGUUAAAGUGAAUUCUCUAUCUAUAUAUUUUUUCAAUAUUUUCCAUUUGAUUGUUCUUGAUUCCAGUCUGAUCGCACCGAAUGGCAGAUCAUCUUCAUCAUCGCAGCAGUUGUCUUUUUUGUGGGAAAUGUCGUCUAUGUUAUCUUUGGAACUGCUGUAAUUCAGCCUUGGGAUGCGGAGGACUACCUCCAGCUAAGGCAACCCGAACUGGCCGACGAACCAGCAAGCACUGGGGCGGCCAAAGAGGCCCCUUCAUUAAGUGGCAAUGAAAAGCCAAAGCUAAAGUCCAUAAGCAGAUAA